GACGGAGCGCCACAAGUCAGAAGGUUUCCAUUGGGUGAACCAUCACAUCGCUUCUCAAGGUAAAGAAAAAAAAAAACGAUAAACGAUGGAGGACCCGUGGCAGAGAGCAUACGAUUUUGCUGUAGAAGUGGCGAGAAAAGCCGGAGCGGAAAUUAGGAAAGCCGGCGAAAGUGAAAUCAAAGUGAUGACCAAGAGCUCCACCGUGGAUUUGGUCACCAAAACUGACGAGAGGGUGGAGAAAAUUAUCAUCAACUCCCUCAAAGAGGAAUUUGGCGCCGACACCUACAGUUUCAUUGGAGAGGAGUCGGUCGCAAACGGAAAACCUUGCAUUCUGACCGACAAACCCACGUGGAUCAUUGACCCGGUGGAUGGAACCACCAACUUUGUCCAUGGGUUCCCGUUUGUGGCCGUGUCUAUCGCCUUUGCGGUGAAAAAAACGUUGGAGUUUGGCGUUGUGUACAGUUGCUUGGAAGAUAAAAUGUACAAAGCCAGGCGAGGUCAAGGAGCCUUCUGUGACAACGAACCCAUCCAAGUAUCGGAUGUGAAAGAUAUUCAUAAGUCCAUUAUCAUCUCCGAACACGGGACGGACAGGAAUCCAGAGAAGGUUACUAAGAUCUUUUCCACCAUGCAGAGGAUUCUCCGCAUCCCAGUGCAUGGGCUCCGUGGGUCGGGGACCGCUGCCACCAACAUGUGCCUGGUGGCGUGCGGGGCGGUGGAGGCCUUCUUUGAGAUCGGGAUCCACUGCUGGGACAUCGCGGCGGGGGCGGUUAUAGUGACAGAAGCGGGAGGAAUUCUGCUGGAUGUCGACGGGGGGCCAUUCGAUUUGAUGUCCCGGAGGAUGGUGUCGGCAAACAACAAUAUUAUCGCUCACCGCAUCAUUAAGGAAAUCGACAUAUUCCCCGUUGAGAGGGACGACGCAGAGGUGAUCAAGAAGUGAGAGGAUCCUUGCACCUUGUUUUCAAACACACACACACACACACACACACACACACACACACACACACACACACACACGCACAUGGGUGGAGAUGUCUUCUGUAUUUUAGCAGAAUAAAAUAACUACCUUGCA